AUGGUCUCGAUUGCUUACUGGUUAUAUGUGCUAUUUGUAUGCCAAACAGGCGUAUCUAGAGGGCUCCACAGGCUAGAAUUACGCAAAAUACCCGGUGAUCACCGGGUUAAUAAGGUCCAUAAUGAUAUUGAAGCAUAUUCUCUUGCACGUAAAUAUACACUGUUUUAUUCAUAUGGAAGAGAUGAGAGAAAGAAUAAAGAGCCUAUUAUACAUGGAAAACCACUUGGAACAAAUGCCCAUGAAGUUUCUUUAACGAAUUUUUUUAAUGCACAAUAUUAUACACGUGUUAGUAUUGGUACGCCGCCACAGACAUUUAAAGUGGUUGUACUUGACACAGGCUCAUCGAAUCUGUGGGUUCCAUCGUCAAAAUGCACGUCUCUUGCAUGUAUUAUUCAUUCAAAGUAUGAUUCUAGUUUAUCGUCAACAUAUAUUGCAAAUGGCUCCAAGUUUGAAAUUCGAUAUGGUUCUGGGAGUAUUUCGGGGUUUAUUAGUACAGAUAAAUUUUCUGUCUCUGAUAUUGUGCUUCCAGCACAAGAAUUUGCAGAAGCCGUGUCAGAGCCGGGUUUUACAUUUACAUUUGGACGAUUUGAUGGUAUUUUGGGGCUUGGAUAUAGUUCCAUUGCAGUAAAUGGGAUUAUUCCACCGUUUUACAAUAUGGUUGAGCAAAAUGCAAUAAAUGAGCCAGUUUUCGCCUUUUGGAUGGGCAAUAUUGAAAAAGAUAUUGAGGGAGGAGAAUGUACAUUUGGUGGCAUAGAUCCAAUGCAUUAUGAAGGAGAUCUUACGUAUAUUCCAGUUCGCAGGAAAGCUUAUUGGGAAGUUGAUUUAUCUUUUUUUGCAUAUGGAAAAGAUUUUAUCAGAAUGGAAAAUGUAGGAGCUAUUCUUGAUACGGGGACUAGUUUAAUUGUCAUGCCUAAAAAUAUUGCUGAUCUUUUGAAUAAUGCUAUUGGUGCAACCAGAUCUUGGACAGGUGAUUAUAUUCUUGAUUGUAAUAAAAUACCUACUUUGCCUGAUAUUACAUUUGGAUUUGGGCAUCAUAACUUUUCUCUUGGGCCAAAUGAAUAUAUCAUAAAAAUACAAUCAAAAUGUAUGACUACUUUUACUGGUAUGGAUAUUCCUCCACCUGCGGGUCCUCUUUGGAUUAUUGGUGAUGUGUUUCUUCGUAAAUAUUAUUCUGUUUAUGAUUUAGGAAAAAAUAUGGUAGGUCUUGCUAAAGCCACAAAGAAGUAUUUUUGA